AUGAAUGUAGUCUGGGUUGGCGUCGGCGUCGCUGCGGCGGCUUUUAUGGGGCGAGUAGGCCUACAGGCCUUACGAAAGUACAAAGCUAUUCCUGGAGGUGCAGGGUUUGGAAAACAGUUCUACAAAGGUGGAUUCGAUGCCAGAAUGAACCGACGAGAAGCAUCCCUCAUCUUAUCUCUGAGUGAGAGAAACCUUACAAAAGCGAAUGUCCGAAAACAUCAUCGACAGCUUAUGUUGUUAAACCAUCCGGAUCGUGGCGGCAGCCCCUACCUCGCUAGUAAGAUCAACGAAGCGAAGGAGUUCCUCGAUAAGAAUGCAUCGUGA